AUGCCUGGCGCUUCAAGUAUAUUGGCGUCCGCCUUCGGGUUGCCCCGGUCCCGCAGUCGCAACUCCAGUCCACAAAGACGUGGCGACGUCACAGAUGCGACUUACACGGCCGAUUGGACAACAUCGUCAACUCCGAUAAAUUCAACCCCCGCCUCGCCUUCUCUUCCCGCAUCUCCAACAUUUGCCGGCAGCGCCUUUGGAAGCAAUAGGCAUCUUCCCAGGUUGGCAGAUAGUGGCGUUGUUAACAAAGGCUCUGCCAGGUCCAGUAUGGAGAAACUGAGCCUUUCAAAUUACCGUCAAGAGCUGGACAAGCUCAACGAGAGACGCCCAGGUUCGGACAAGCCUGGCGAUUCGGCUCGUUCCAGCAUGGACAGCGUUCGUUCAACGAUGAGUGCCGACUGGCCAACUCAUCCAUACGAGCUCAACCCUAUCGCCGAGCUAGAUAGGCUUCCCCUCGGAACUGAGGUGAACUUCAGAGCCAGAAUCUCUACCCAGCGACAAUUGUCCAAGAACCUGGACUUUCUUCUCUUCCGUGACCAAACACACACGGUCCAGGGUGUCUUGUCCCGGGAAUAUUUGGACAUGAUCAGAUGGGUGCAAAAGUUGAAUUCCGAGUCCUUGGUACAGGUCAACGGAGUACUUAAGGCACCUCCUGAACUUGUUCGCUCCGCAACACACUCGGGGGUCGAGGUUGAGGUUCACUCGAUUCAUCUUGUCAAUGCUGCCUUUGGAGCACCUUUUACCAACUACAAGCCUCCCGAGACCCUCCGUAACCGAAUGACAUCUCGAAUUCUCGAUCUUCGCCACCCCUCUAACCAAGCACUGUUCCGAAUCCGCUCCAUGGUCACUCGCCAGUUCCGCCAAACCCUCGAGGAACAGGGCUUUGUGGAGAUUAACACUCCUAAGCUCCAGCCUGCCGCCACUGAGAGUGGUGCCGCCGUCUUCAAGGUCAACUACUUUGGACGCAAUGCCUUCCUGGCUCAAAGCCCUCAACUGGCCAAGCAAAGUGCUGUGUCCGCUGACUUUGGCCGUGUGUUCGAAGUCGGGCCCGUAUUCCGAGCCGAAAAUUCCAACACCCAUCGCCAUCUCACAGAAUACACUGGGCUCGAUAUCGAGAUGUCAAUUGAACACGACUACCACGAAGUUAUUUGCAUCAUUGAUGAGUUCCUCAAAGCAGUCUUCAAUGCUGUUUAUGCCAUGCCUGAGGUAAAGGAAGUUCAAAAACGUUGGCCCAGCACUGAAUUCAAGUGGCUAGAAGAAACACUCAUUCUCAACUUUGAGGAUGGCAUCCAGAUGCUCCGAGAUGAUGGUCGUGACGUCCCGAUGGAAGACUUGUCCACUCCCGACGAAAUGCGACUUGGUGAACUAGUCCGUGAGAAGUACGGUACAGACUACUACGUCUUGGACAAAUUCCCGGCUAGUGCUCGUCCAUUCUACACCCACAAGGAUCCUGAGAAUCCAUUCUGGACAAGAUCAUUCGACAUAUUUAUCCGUGGUCAGGAAAUUUGCUCUGGCGGCCAGCGUAUCCACGAUGCCACUGAGCUUCGUGAGAACAUGCAAGCCGUUGGCAUUACUGAGGACGGCAUGGAAGAUUACCUUGCUGCAUUUGACCUUGGUGCACCACCCCAUGCUGGUGCUGGUCUAGGUUUGGAACGAAUCGUGGCUUGGAUGCUUGAACUUGGCGAUGUUCGUUAUGCUUCCCUGUUCCAUCGUGACCCCAAGUCACUGCCCGAACGCGCUCCUGGUCUGCCUCACCCAGAAGCAGAUACUACCAAGCCACUCAAGGAUGGCGCUAUGCCACCCAUCGAGAAGCUUAUUGCCAACUACGGCGAUGCUUCCAAUACUUCGUGGCUGGACGAGCGAUUCAAGAUCUGGCGACACCCAAGCGGUGCCGCUGUUGGCUACGUCAAGCAAGAAAAGUUCGCCAUGAUUACUGGUGACCCUCUUUGCGACAGGUCUCAAUACAAGGAAGUCUGUGCAGCUUUCGUCAAAUUCGUCCUUUCUGAGCUCAAGCUUACUCCAGUAUGGAUGCUUGUCUCAUACGAAAUCCAGAAGAUUCUCGCCCAGCAAAUGAGCUGGAGAACCUUGUCCUGCACUGAGGAACAGCGCGUUGACGCCAGCAAGCACCACACCCUCAAUGGUGGCGGCCCCAAGGCACGACGUGUUGAGCGUGAGGGCGUCAAGAUUCACGAAGUCAAGGCUGAUGCCGACUUUAUCAAGCGCGCCGACGAAGCCAUCGUGAACUGGAAAGCCAACCGUAAGGGUAAGCAGGUGCAUCUUACUGAAGUCCGCCCUUGGGUCGACAUGGAGCACCGUCGAUACUAUGCUGCCGAGAAGGACGGCAAGGUCUUGGCCAUGGUUGUCUUGGCCAAGCUGUCUCCCAAGCACGGUUGGCAAGUCAAGUGGGCUCUCGACUUCCCUGGCUCCGUCAACGGCGCCAUUGAGGUGCUCAUCGAGUACACCCUGUCCACCGUCACCGGACAGGUCACCUUUGGUGUUGGCGUUUCCGAGAAGUUGACUCCAGGCGAGCAUCUUCACGGAAUCCGUGCCAAGUUCCUGGCCACCACGUACGCCUCCAUCGUCGAUAGCCUCGGACUCCGUCGCAAGGCUGGUUUCCGAAGCAAGUUUGGCGCCCUCGGCGAGGAAGUCUACAUUUGCUACCCGAAGCACGGUGUCGGCCUGCGCGAUCUUCAACAGAUUAUCAAGUUUUUCCAGGAUUAA